UUCUAUUCGUUCUUUCCUUGUUGGAGACGGACAGAGAGAGAGAGAGAGAGAGGGAGACAUUUUUCAUAUAUAUAAAACUUAAUCUGAUUUUCCAUUUUAAUUUCAUUUUCCCAGAGCUAUUCCAGGCCUCUAACCUUCAAUCAAGCUUUCUGUUUCUGGGUUUCUUUUUCAUAAAUAUUCCCCUUCUUUUCUCCAUGUUCCACUGAAUAUUCAGUUUCAUCUGGGUCUUUCUCUUCACCCUUUUCUUUUCGGAAUCGGAAGAAAAUUCUGAUUUCCUUUUUUCCCAUACAAAGCUUUGAAUUUUUGAGCCAAGUCUUCCUCUUUCUGGGUUUUGUUAAUUUCUCUCAUUUGCUCCUGAAUUUUCUGAAGUUGAAUUUGCUGUAGGUUUUUCUCUACCAUGGAUCAAAAGGUUUUUCCCGUUCUGUUUGUCUUCUUAGUCUUCUCUGGCGCUUUCCAAGCGCUUGCUGGAAUUCAUCAUCACAGAAAACACAGUCCUAACGGCUCUACUCUCGCCGGUAUCGAAUUCCAUGAUCACCUGAGCUUCAAUGCCGUCUCGUCUUCGGCGAGUACCGGUUGUGGCCUCUCAACCACCAAGAAAUCCGAGCAAUCAGAAUCAACGAUGCAAGCGAUAACAAAUGAAGCAGCAAAAGAAGAAGAAUAUGAUAGCGAUGAUGAAGAUGGAGACGCUGUUGUUUCAGCGGAACCGCUCAAGCAAUCUGUGAAGCUCCAUCUUAAGCACAACCCACUUCGCCAACAAACCGAUUCGAAAAAUUCUGCGGUUGAGUUCACACUCAAGGACUUGACCAGAAUUCAGACUCUCCAUACGAGGAUUACAGAGAAGAAGAACCAAAAUACCAUUUCAAGGCUAAAGAAAGAGAAGUCGGUGGUUGCUCCGGCUCCAUCGCCGGAAUCUGACGCCGGCGGCAAUCUGGGUCAGCUGCUGAUGGCGACUUUGGAAUCUGGUGUGAGUCUCGGCUCUGGAGAAUACUUCAUGGAUGUGUUUGUGGGUACUCCUCCUAAACACUUCUCUUUGAUUUUGGAUACUGGUAGCGACCUCAAUUGGAUUCAAUGCGUUCCUUGCUAUGAUUGUUUUGAACAAGACGGACCCCAUUAUGAUCCUAAAGAUUCAAGCUCUUUUAGGAAUAUAAGCUGCCAUGAUCCUCGAUGUCAGCUGGUUUCAUCGCCGGAUCCUCCCAGUCCUUGCAAGGCAGAGAAUCAAACAUGUCCAUACUUUUACUGGUAUGGGGACAGUUCAAACACGACCGGAGAUUUUUCGCUUGAAACAUUCACGGUCAAUCUCACAGCACCUUCCGGGAAGUCAGAAAUCAAGCGCGUUGAGAAUGUGAUGUUUGGCUGCGGUCAUUGGAACAGAGGCCUUUUCCAUGGGGCUGCGGGGUUGUUGGGUCUUGGGAGAGGGCCUCUGUCAUUUUCCUCCCAGCUCCAGUCUCUUUACGGCCACUCUUUCUCAUAUUGUCUUGUGGAUAGAAACAGCGACACGAGUGUCAGCAGCAAGCUGAUUUUUGGAGAGGACAAGGAUCUUCUGAGACACCCAAAUCUGAAUUUUACUUCAUUGAUUGGCGGCAAAGAAAACCCAGUUGAUACUUUCUACUAUGUCCAGAUCAAGUCAAUGGUUGUCGGAGGAGAGGUUCUUGACAUACCGGAGAAGACAUGGCUUUUGACAGCGGAAGGUGCCGGUGGUACAAUUAUCGAUUCUGGUACUACCUUAAGUUAUUUUGCAGAGCCUGCUUAUCAGAUUAUAAAGGAGGCAUUUGUGAAGAAGGUUCAGGGCUAUCCGGUGGUAAAAGAUUUUCCUAUUCUGGAGCCUUGCUACAAUGUUUCUGGAGUUGAGAAGAUGGAGCUGCCUGAAUUUGCAAUUCAUUUUGCCGAUGGAGCUGUGUGGAAUUUCCCAGUUGAGAAUUACUUCAUCCGGCUUGAACCAGAGGAUGUUGUCUGCUUGGCAUUCUUAGGGACUCCUCAUUCUGCUCUUUCAAUAAUUGGAAACUACCAGCAGCAGAAUUUUCAUAUCUUGUAUGACAUCAAGAACUCCAGGCUGGGAUAUGCACCAAUGAGCUGUGCUGAUGUUUGACAUAUUGUUAGAAGGUUUACAUGGUAGGAGAAAAUAACUGUAAAGAGGGAGGGAUUCAAAGGGAGAAUUUUGGGUUUUCUUUUCAUAAAUGGUAACAUACAAGAAAUUAGAUUCUUUUUUUUUUUUUUUUGGUUUCUUUCAAUCUUUUAAGGUCAAGGGAUUAUAGAAACUGGGUCAUGUAUCAUUGCAUUAUUCUUAUAUAUAUCAAUUGCUUCCUUGUUUAAA